GCCAACGAAGCUCCAGGGCAGAGGAACUGUUCUUUGCAGCGCAAGUGUUGUGAAUAGGAGGGCCGUAACCAUGGCGCCAGAUCGGAUUGACCAGAAUGUCUACGAAGAUCAGCUUAAAGACAUCAUCCAAGACCUCUAUGAGUUGAUGGUACAGACAACCUCAUAUGGAAACGUAGGACAGGGAGUCAGCUCCAAGGACGUGCUUCAGAAUACAGUCGCCCAUCUCCACGCAUCGUUGACCCAGCUCCAUGCCUCCGCCUCGUCGCCAUCCGCAACACCUAUUCGCGUCCCACCCGAACUGAUCCAAUACGUCGACGCGGGUCGCAACCCCGACAUCUAUACCCGAGAGUUCGUGGAGCUAGCACGGCGGGGAAACCAGUUGAUGAAAGGAAAGAAGCAGGCAUUUGGCAGUUUUAGAGACAUUCUGGCGAGGGAAAUGGCAAGUGCAUUGCCUGAAGUGAAGGGCGAUGUGGAGAACGUUGUGAGGGAGACUGGGGGAGAGGUGGGGAAGCUUUAUGAACCUGCAGCUGGCGAGGCUGGUGAGGCGUGAGCAAUUUCCAGAGUUUGCGGGAAUAAGUUGUCAUCAGCGGACGCAUUGAAUGGUUGGGCAUUACUGUUGGGUUGCAUUGGAAAUGGGAGGGAAGGCGUUAUGGACUAGCGAGGCACAUGGACAAUACUUUGGAGAUACCCGUUUCUCAGCUUAUAUACGAUCUAUAGCUUUGAAAAUUCACCGAUGAAG